AACAUUGCACUUGAAAUUGUCUUCGUGUCGCUGGCCGAAUAAUUUUGCAGAGUAGGUUACUUCAAAGUGAUUUUGUAUUUUGUUAAUAUAGUUACUAGUCGUUCAACUGAAAGAGUAAUUUAAUAAUUUUUAGUUAAAAAUACUUCUUAAUACUUGAAUAUAACACAAGGAUAAUUAAAAUGGGUCUGUUACACGCCAUUGGUAUUAGGGUAAUGAAUUUUAUGGUGUUUUUCCUAAUUGUUAUAUUAUUGCCGGGUCUGCCACCGCGUACCACUUUUCCAUUCAAAGAAUUUCAUGUGACACCCGCUAAAGAUUUGAAAGGAGCCUUAGAGCCUAAUCAGCACCUAGAUGGUGCCGAACGCCUCCUUGAAGGGCGUGUCUAUGGCCCAGAAUGUCUUAUUGCUCGUAAAAAUGAGGUAUACACCGGCAUUCAUGGUGGGGAGAUAAUAAAACUAACUGCCGAUCAUGUUACACACGUAGCAAAAAUUGGACAACCUUGUGAAGAUAUAUUUGAAGAGGCUCGUUGCGGAAGACCUUUGGGCCUUGCCUUUGAUACGCAAGGUAAUAAUUUGAUUGUGGCAGACGCAUACUACGGCAUCUGGCAGAUAGAUCUUAAUACGAAUCAAAAGAAAUUGCUGGUAUCGCCACAUCAAGAACAACCUGGUAAAGAUAUUCAACGCAAAGCUAAACUUUUCAACACGGUUGCCGUAGAUCAGAAAGGUGAUAUAUAUUGGACAGAUUCUGCCUCAGAUUUUGUGUUGCUCGAUUUGGUAUUCGGAGGUCUGGCAAAUCCCUCUGGCCGGCUCUUCAAAUAUGAUCGCGCUAACAAUGUUAGCAAAGUAUUACUGGACGAAUUAUUCUUUGCUAAUGGUUUGGCCUUGAGUCCCGAUGAAGACUUCAUUGUUGUCGCCGAAACCGGAGCGAUGCGUUUGACUUUAUACCAUUUAAAGGGCGCCAAAGCUGGUCAGAGUGAAGUCUUCGUAGAGGGUUUGCCUGGUUUGCCCGACAAUUUGACACCCGAUGCCGAGGGCAUAUGGGUGCCGCUCAUAAUGGCCGCAGAUAAUGAACAUCCAAACGGUUACAAUAUGUUCGCCAACUUCCCCAGCAUACGUUUAUUCUUGGCACGUCUGCUUAGUCUCUUCGAGUUGCCCUUCCGUCUAAUCAACAACGCCUUCCCAAAUAAGCUGGCCCAAAAGUUUAUUCACUUCAUUGGACAUGGUGAAAGUAUGCUGCUUUUGUCACCCAAGCGUUCAACCAUUGUGAGAAUAGACUGGAACGGUAAUAUUGUGGGCUCGUUACAUGGUACCGAUAAGUCGGCAGGCGCUAUUUCGCAUGUAUUGGAAUUCAACGAUUACUUGUAUUUGGGUUCGCCGUUCAAUCGGUUUUUGGCGCGUGUGAAAUCACCGAGAGCCGGUCGCCAACCGGAGGUGAAAGUACGGAAUGUCAGGUAUGAGGGCGCUGGUUUAGAAGCGUCUGUUAAGCCAUCAACUGCAUCUACUACCACUACUAGCAAGCCAAAGCCUGCCGCUACUAAACCACUAACUACGACAGCGCCACCGACAAAAACCACGACGACAACAACUACAACUACACCGCGACCAACUACAACUACACCUAAACCGACCACGACAACUACAAAAAGACCAACAACUACUACAACAACUAGAAAACCAACAACAACUACGACAGCGCGACCAUCAACAACGACGACGACCACAAAACCCAAAGCUACCACUACCACCACCACCACAACUACAACACCAAAACCAACUACAGCUACACCAAAAGCAUCAAGCGCCACACCGAAAAUAAAAUCAAGCACCACAACAGCACGUCCCGCGGCCGAGCAGAAACGUGUGCCUCCAAAGGACCCAGCACCGAUUAAGGAGGAAAUACCAAACGAUACGAAACCACCCAAAUUCGACAAGCUUAAAGUGAUCACCAAAACCGGCGAACACCUCGAAUUUUAAAGCAGCUAACUAACAAAUUAACUGUAAACAUACAUAUAUCGCAUUAUUACUUUCCUUUGUCAUCUGAGGUGUCGUUCGAACCUAACCUAAUACAUCAACAUAUACAGGCAUGUAACAAGAGCGCAUGCAACGUUACGAAGUUUAUGUUAGAAUGCGACAUAGCAAUAAUCUAGUGAAUACCUAUGAUAUAUUAGAACGAUUUAGCGGAAAUAGGGUGUGUACUGUUACCACAGUACAGUAUGAGAUAUUGCGGGAAAUUUUAUACAGUUACAACAAACAAACGAAAUUAGUGCUUCAACGAAUACAUUCCAAUAAACAUUCCAACUUGUGCUGCUAAAGCAUUUUUCGCAUUUAUUUAUAACAUUCUAUUCACUUAAUGCUUACAUUCCGCGGAGUUACGGUUUAUAGGGAAAGGAGGUUAUGUGCACAUUUUUAAUUUAUAACUCGUACUAAAUUCGUUUGAACGUUGUAAAAAUGCCUGAAAUGAAGAAAAUUCCUUGGUUAGCUUAAAUAGCUCUAAAUUCGAGCUUAAGCAGUUAGCUGUAAGUAUAACAGUAGUGCGGAUCUCUAUAAACAAAUGUAUUAACGAAUUACUGCUCGAACAUAAAUUUGUGAAUAUCCGCUAAGAUUUACUAUUUUUUACUCUACGUUGAGUAUACUAGUUUGGUUUUUGCACAAAGUUCAUAAAAAACGAAUUUUAAAAAAUUAUUUAUAAAAACUUUUUUUGGUCAUGGUAAAUAAUCUAUUUAAAGUAAUUAAUAAAUAACGGUAGUAAUUUUAUGUAUACCCUUCCUAACUUUUGACUGUUAUACAUACAUAAUAAAAUAAAUGUCCUGUACUGAUUUUGAAGUAUUUUGUAAUUUAUUUAAUAAGCGCUUGAUUUACUUUUUUCAUUUCAGUUUUACAUUCAUGAAUAAUUAUUUCAAAUUAAAUAAAGCUUAAAGUGUUUCUCGACAAAUUA